AUGACACAGUCAAGUGAUAAUCUUAAGGAUCUGUAUAAAGAAAUUUUUAGAAUCAAUGACUAUUUUUAUGAGGGGGAGCAAGGUCUAUUAUUAGUUGAUGAUAAAGACGGAUCACUCCACGAAUAUUGCCAUUACGGGAGGAUCUCAGGAAAUGGUAAAUGUAAUAGUUAUUUUGAAAUGGCUAGUUCUGGUGUUAUUCAUUUGCUAAAAUCGUUAGAGAAGUAUGGUUUAGAAAAUGAUAAACUUGCCGAAUACGCUAUUUUAUGGUUAAGUUAUAAACUAGAUCAAAAGCAAAAAGAUAAAUUAACCGAUUUAAAUAAAUUUUAUACUGAUCAUAUAGAAACAAAUGAGUAUUAUAAUAAUAAAAUAAAUGGCAAUGAUAGUCUGAGUUAUAAGGAAAUUAUAAAUAGAAAUAAUGAUUUGAUGAAUAUUAAUGAAAUAUCUAAAUUCAAUGAUCCAUUUGGUAUAUUAUUAUUAUUGUAUUAUGCAAUUGAUCUUAAAAAUUGGAAUUGCACAAAAUAUUCGAAUGAUGCUAAUGAAUUUGUUAAAAAAUUUGAAGAACUCAAUAAAGAUUCUAAUAAUAAAGAAAACAGUUCAUUUAGUCAAAUAUUGUCUACAUUAUCAAAUGAUUAUGAAAAUAUAAAAAAAAUAUAUAAUGAUAAGAAAUCUUGCAAAAUUUCACCUCUUCCACAAAUAGAACCUAUAAAAAAUUUUGUAGAAAUUUCUGGAAAAGAUUCUGGACAAACAUUGGGGCAGACUCCUGAAGGUACAUUAUCAAGUUCGUCGAUAUUAAACACAGUAAUUCCAAGUUUAUCAACAUUUGCAAUACCGGUUUUCUUGGGAGUUGCUUAUAAGUAUUCAUUAUUUGGAAUUGAUAAACUAUUUCAAAGACAAUAUAUAAGAAACAAAUUAAAAAAAAUAAAGAAGAAAAUGGAACUUAAUAUAUGA